AUGUAUCAAAAUGAUGAGGAUUACAGUAUACCAAAUGAGUAAUAAAUAUACUAAUCCUUCGAUUGCUGUAUUGAUGAUCUUUCAAAACUUCGCUACCUUUACAAUUACUAAAAUAAAUAUCUCAAUAAACAUAUUUAUUAUGUACUUAUGCUAUUUAAAAUUGAUAGUUGUCAUUUCACUUUUCAGUAUUAGAAAUCAAAUCAAAAGAUAUUUAGAACAUGAAUAUUCAUGCCGCUUGUCUUUAUAAAUUAGUUGAAGAACAAAAAUCUUAAAUUCCUCAUUUAAUGACAAAAAUCCUUGGUAUUCUAUAGAAUGUAAUUCCAACUUUUAUGUUGUUUAGAAAUUAUAAUAAUUGCCAUAAAUUAAUGAAUUACAUAUUGCAUUCUUAAAAUCCUGCAUAAUUAGUUACAAUUAUAAAAUAGCUUAUUAAUUCAUCAAAUCUAAAAUAUUUUUGCAUGGGAAUUAUCUUGAUAAUAAAAAUAAUUUAUUUAUAUAGUAUUUUUAUUUUGCUGGUGUCAUUGCCUAAGCAUAAUAAGUAUAAAAGAAUUUAUGUUAUUUUUAGGAUUUUGAUGAAGCUCUAAGAUGUUAUAAAUUGGCCUAUAAAAUAAGUCCUUAAAAUGAAUUCUCAUUUGAAGCAGAGAAAAUGGAAUCUUUGUUACGUUUCAGAUUAGGUUUGGAAUUAAGAAACUCUUCUAAUAUUAUAAAUCAAUUUGUAGUAAAUAAAUUGAGUGAUCUUAUUUCAGAGAAAGAUUAGUUAGAUAGAAAAGAAAGAGAAUUUAAUUUAUCAGAUUCAAAUCUCUAGGUAUUUAUUAGUAUUUAAUAUAUUUAGAUUUGCUUAAAGGAAUGGUCAUAAUAAGCUCUACUAUAUCAAUUUUUAUAAACUGAAUCAGAACUUCAUUCAAAAGUUUCUUUUGAUUUACUGCUAUUUCAUUUAAAGAUAUAGAAUUAAGAUGUUCUUAUUGAAUAUUUGUUGUAAAUAAAUAAAAUCCAUAAUAUGUUAUCUAUAAAUGAAGAGAAACGUUAUAUUGAAUUUAGAUAUAAUAAUUUAACAUAUAAAUAAAUUAAUAGUAAAUUAGAAAACAGAAUUAAUUUGAUUUAAUAAUUAGAAAGUUUAAAAUGA